CUUAUUUUUCAAAAUUUUAGUCUCCGGUACUCAUUACCCAACCUCUUUCUCAAAUCCUACUUGACUGGACGUGUUGCUUUUGAAUUCGAAAUGGAGCUCUUACAGUGUUCAUCCACUUCCACUCAUCUUCAUCCUAUCUCUUCAAUCAAACGGAAUUUCUCUAACCCCACUUCAUUUCUUAUUCAAAAUCCCUCCAAAAUUUCUUUGGGAUUUCCCACAAAUUUCUCUUCCGUUCAAUCAACAAGAAAAUGCAGAUUACCCACCAUUACAAUUUCCAGCUCUCGUGCCCGUUUAUCCAUCCGGGUAUUUCCCGCUAGUGCAGAAGCUGGAGCCACUGACUCUGAUCCAGUUGUAGACAAAGUUUCAGAGUUCAGAAAUGCCUUUUGGAGAUUCCUAAGACCACAUACUAUUCGUGGAACAGCUUUAGGUUCCUUUGCUUUGGUGGCGAGAGCACUUAUUGAAAAUCCAAAUUUGAUAAAAUGGUCUCUAGUGUUAAAGGCUGUUUCUGGUCUUGUCGCUCUGAUAUGUGGGAAUGGCUAUAUAGUGGGCAUCAAUCAGAUCUACGAUAUUGGUAUUGAUAAGGUGAACAAACCUUAUUUACCUAUAGCAGCAGGAGACCUUUCUGUCGGAUCUGCAUGGGUGCUAGUGUUGGCUUUUGCGGUCACUGGAUUUUCUAUUGUUGCAUCAAACUUUGGUCCUUUCAUAACGUCCCUAUAUUGUUUGGGAUUGUUUCUUGGAACCAUCUAUUCUGUUCCUCCAUUUAGAAUGAAGCGAUUUCCUGUCGUAGCAUUUCUUAUAAUUGCAACGGUUCGUGGAUUUCUUCUUAAUUUUGGUGUAUACUAUGCCACCAGAGCAGCUUUAGGACUCCCAUUUGAGUGGAGUUAUCCUGUGGUAUUCAUCACAACAUUUGUAACUUUGUUUGCAUUGGUGAUUGCCAUAACAAAAGAUCUCCCAGAUGUGGAAGGAGAUCGCAAGUUUCAGAUAUCAACCCUGGCAACAAAGCUGGGGGUGAAAAAUAUUUCACUGCUUGGUUCUGGCCUAUUGCUGGUUAACUAUAUUGGCUCUAUCAUUGCUGCAUUUUUCUUACCCGAGGCCUUCAGGUGCAGCUUGAUGAUACCUACACACACCAUUUUGGCAAUAUGUUUGGUUUUCCAGACAUGGUUGCUCGACCAAGCUAAAUACUCCAAGGAAGCAAUCACAACUUUCUACAGAUUUAUCUGGAAUCUAUUUUAUGCAGAGUAUAUUAUAUUUCCUCUGCUUUGAAAAUUCACGGGAGCCUAGGUGAUCAGGCAAGAAUUUUCCUGAUUUUGUUUAUAUUUCAACAUACUGACUGUAUCCAAAUAGCAUAGCAUGUACCCUAUUUCGGACCAUGUAAUGUACCAAAAUGUAUGACAUUCUAGGUUAUUGUCAUGAUAACUUUAUUCUUCACCAUAUAUUAAUAUCCAAAGCUAUAGUCGCAACAGUGCAAGCA